AUGCAUCACGGCGCAAGGGGCCAUCGACCACCCGCUAUCUUGCACGCUGUCGUGACCCGGACCACAACGCGUCCCCCGAGACAAAAAUCGUCUCUUCUGGCAAGGCAAUCGGAUGCAUACUCCACAGAUCAUAUCGUUCUCCUAGACAGACCGGCUGGCCGCAUUCCGGUUAGGGAGCUUCAGCAAGACCUCCUCGUGAAGGGAAACACACCAGCUAGCAAAAGUCGGCGGCCUUCUUGCUACAGUAUGAGUCCGGUGGACAUUGAACCCCGUCCAGUAUCCACCCUGAUGCGCAUCUCCGGUACGAACAACUCCGCGAAAACUUUUCAAACUUUUGAUCGAGGGGUACUGUCCUCCCAACCACCCACUUCCCCUCAAUCCAAGCUGAAACGAUCAGCUGAUGAUAACGAUGGAUACUACUGGUAUACGAGGCACGGGCAAUUCCAAGGCCACGACUACACUGCGGUAUGCCCACAGGUAAACUCACUACAUCACACAAUCCAUGAACUCCGAGAACAAGACUCGCCCAAAGACUGCCUUCUCAUCGACCAGUCCCUGGAUGGGACACCCUCUGGAAAGUGUUCGCCCCAAGGCACGCCCGCUCAAAGUCCAGCCCCUAGUUGGGGCACCCUCGGAGAAGGCAUACCAAGGGGCAAAUCGUAUACUCCAAGACUAGGAUUUUCCGACGCAAGGAAAACGAACCGGGCGGAAGACGACAUCUCAAGACGACACAACAAGAAGAGCACACAAACCUGCUUUGAUGGAGCUAACGGCAACCAUGUUACUGGGAAACGAGACUGGGAGCCAUUGGCGAUACCCCAUGACAAAAGGAAACUGGGGGUUACUUCGAUUAGGGUCCCAAGCCCGAGACAACACAACGACAGGAGCUUGCAACGUAAGUUAGGGGAGCCAUUGACAACAUCCCGCGGACAAUGGAAAUUUGGGGUUACUUUGAGCUGGGUUCCCAAGCCAGAGACAACACAACGACGAGAGCUUCAAACCUGCUUUGGGAAAGUCAUUGGCAAUUCCCCGGAGACAAAGGAAACUGGGGUCACUUUUGAAUAG